UACAACAACACUGCACUAUCAAUAGUUAUUUGUAAACACGUCUGGUAUCAUACCGAGCUCGAACAAUUCGAAGCGAAAUGUUUCAAAGGAAGAAACAAUUGGGACCUCCACCGUCUGCUCCGACAGUGACGGAAAUCAUAGAGGACUUGGAGACGUUUCACGUUGAGAAACCGCUGCUGGUGAAAACGAGAAGUCUAGAUCCGGAAGGGUCCUCCGAUGCUGAAUGGUGGAAGGUCUUUGAGACAUUUCUCAGUGAUGUGGACGAUCUGAAACGGCUGAAGGCACUCAUCAAUUCAUAUAAAAUCAAAUUAGAAGCUUCUAAGCUGGAAAUAGACACCACUGCGAAGAAUUUACAAAUUGACAUUGAGAAACAUUUGGAGGGAACACGAAAGGAGAUAAAGGAAUGAAAAGUGUGGUCUGGGGCGAGUCCUUUGAAAGUUGAUUUUACAGAUAAAAUGUUGGUUUCAGAAUAAAUUAUUUUUUAUUAUUGGUUUA